AUGCAUCUUGCUGCUUUAUCCUCGCUGUUUCUCGGCACAAUCGUUGUCCUGGGCUCUCCGAUUAUUCGAAGGCGAGACAUCGAACCCGACUUUGACCACUGCCCCGACUAUUGCGCUGGAACCUCUAACGGCACCGACGGUUCAGAUUCUUCGGCUUAUGUAUGUGGCGACAAGCGUCUCGGACCCGUUGUGAUGCCCACAGAAGGCCCGGUAAAAGACCUCCUCACCACGUAUCGAUAUUUGGGUGGACUUUGCCCUCAGCAUUUCCUCAAAAAGUACACGAAUCGUCCGAACGACACCUCCUUAGCAAAGUAUGAGUACCCAAAGGACUCUGGCUUCACUUAUGACACACCGGGCGCGAUCGCCAAUCACACGUACACACUGGAGACGGGAACCUACGUCGACAGGUUCGGCAGUGAGCGUGGCACAUAUCUAGCUCCUGCGGGCACGCCGUAUGCGAUGCGAAGUUUGCCGCCUGAUAAUUUGAUCACGUAUGACCAAAGUCAUCCGUACAAUUAUUAUGUGUACAAAGUCGCGAUAGACUUCGAAGUUGGGGCCGGGCCGAUUGCACCGUACUUUGGCCAGCCAGGCCUCGGCCUGCAGUUUUCCCUAAAUUCGCGAGUAGAGCAACUGGUCAACGAAGGGAAGUUGCUGCGUGUCAAUUUGACGACUGAGAAAUACUGGGAGUAUUGGUAG